UUUUUGCUAUUUGUAUAAUACAAGAGAUGAAGAAGACGACUUCCUUCUCUCACACACUUACACACACUCGCCGCUCGAAUUGGUGGUUCUGACGUUAUCUGUUCGAUCGGCGGCAGCCGGAGGUGCAGUUCCAGUAGCUGGUUUCGAUGUAUUUUGGAUCGUGCCGAACUUUCCGUUUUUUUGGUUCAGUUGAGUUUGCUGAUCAUCAAGUGGAUUGGUUUUUUUUUUUUCCGUUUUGAGGGCAAUUGAAAGUGUGUUUGUCUUGUUAUAGAUGUUAAAACUGUAGGCGUUUGUGUUUGUUCUUUGUUUAUUUGCUUUUAUGUUAUUACAACUCUUUCGAUCUGUUUUGGAUGGAGUACAUAGAAUUAGAAACCCUAAACCUAGAUCCUUUUGUAAAUAAAAAGUAGGUGAAAAAUCGUGCUUUGAUGGAAGUUCUCUAAUGUUGAGAGCUGUUUUAGACAGCUGGUAGUAGGAUUGGGGGUGUUUUGGUGAAGUUUUUGAAACGUAAUUGUAAAGGAUACGUACAGGAAGUGGAUUUGAUUGAUGUGGGAGAUGGAGCCAAAUGAAAUUUUGAUGAGCAGAAGUGGCGGUGGAGGAAAUACUAGCGGGAAGCCUGGGGAGGGAUUUAUUGAUCGAAGUAAAGUGAGAAUUCUGCUUUGCGACAAUGAUACGAAGAGUUCGGAAGAGGUUUUUAUUCUUCUUUGUAAAUGCUCCUAUCAAGUGACUUCAGCAAGAUCACCCAGACAAGUGAUUGAUGCCCUGAACGCUGAGGGGCCUGACAUAGAUAUUAUUCUUUCUGAAGUUGACCUUCCCAUGGCCAAAGGUUUGAAGAUGUUAAAAUACAUCAUGAGAGACAAAGACCUGCGACGAAUUCCAGUGAUCAUGAUGUCUGCUCAGGAUGAGGUUGCUCUUGUUGUCAAAUGCUUGAGGCUUGGAGCAGCUGAUUAUCUUGUGAAACCCUUGCGCACAAAUGAGCUGUUGAAUUUGUGGACACACAUGUGGAGGAGAAGACGAAUGCUUGGCCUGGCUGAGAAGAACAUCAUGAACUGUGAAUUUGAUCCAGUGCCUUCAGAUCCUAGUGAUGCUAAUACAAACAGUACCACUUUAUUUUCGGAUGACACAGAUGAGAAGUCACUGAAGAGUUCCAAUCCAGAGAUGUCCGUGUCCAUUCCUCGUGAAGACGAGAGUAAUGUGAUAAUAUCUCCUGGUCUUGUGACGACACAGCUUAUCAAUUCAUCAGAUGAUCGACCUAAUGUGCCAGAAAUUAACGAACAACAGCGAGCUGUGUAUCCAGGGAAAUUUAUAUCUGGUCCAAAGAAGAGUGAACUAAGGAUAGGUCAGUCUUCAGCGUUCUUCACAUAUGUCAAAUCGAGCAUGUUCAGGAGUGCUGUAACUAUCGAUGGAACCACUCCCCCACCACUAUUAGACAACAAACUAGGUUUAAGUGAUGAAAAUGGUCCUCAGUACGUGCACGUGGACAAUAAAGUUAGUCCAGGUGAACAGGACUAUACUCAGGCUCAGGAAAACUUUCAUAGCAAUGAUAGCUUCCUUGAUUCAAUGUCGUUGGACGGGUAUUCUACUCCCCUGCCAGAAUGCUCUCAGCAAAUGAACUCAAAGACAAUAUCGGAGCUUUCUGAGCCACAAAUGCAACAAUCGGGCAAUAACUAUCAUCCUGAUGUUUCAGGUUAUAACGCGUAUUCUGCUUAUUCUUAUUAUCCUCUUUCAGGACCAAUGAAUCAUGUUAUGUACCAACAGAACAUGAAUGAUUUGCAAAACCAAUAUUGCCCACCUCAUCACUUGCCAGGAAUGGCAUCAUUCCCUUACUACCCGGUUAGUUUUUGCAUACCUGGCCAGAUGCCACCCUCAAUGCAGCCAUGGCCAUCAUUUGGAAGUUCGUCUUCCAAUAAUGUAAAGGUAAAUAAAGUUGAUCGUAGAGAAGCAGCCUUACUCAAGUUCAGGCAGAAGAGGAAGGAACGAUGUUUUGACAAGAAAGUGAGGUAUGUUAAUAGGAAAAAGUUAGCAGAGAGGCGGCCUCGUGUCAGAGGACAAUUCGUGAGGAAAAUCAAUGGGAUCAAUGUAGAUCUUAACGGGCAUCCCACUUCUACUGAUUUUGAUGAUGAUGAUGACUAUGAGGAAGAGGAAGAUCAAGCAGGCGGAGAUUAAUCUCCUGAAAACAAUUAUGCACUUUUCCAACCAUGUGGGUAUUAUUAUUUUGAGGUAUUGACAUGAUUUUCCAAGUCACGAAGGCUGUGGAUUUGCGUUCAUACAGAGCUAUUCCAUCAGGUAUUCUCUAUUCAUUUCACUUGUGAUUCUAGAAGUGGUAUUCUUGCACGAUUGCUCGUCUUUUUUCAAGUAUCACAACUGAAAAGGACAGACAUUGUGCUUUUUUUGUAGGCAUAAAUGCCAAAUUUGUAGUACCUGUUUUGUACAGUUAUAUAAAGAAUUUAACAGAGAAAUUUGCUCCUCAAAUGGUUAUUAGGACAAUGUUCAAAAGACUA